AUGUCAGAAGCGAACGAUUACGUCACUCUGAUAUCAGCGGAGGGAUUUGAGUUCGUGAUAGAGCGACGAUGUGCGCUCAUGUCAGGAACAAUCAAGGCGAUGCUCUCUGCGACUUUCAUGGAGUCGCAGGAGAAUACCGUGACGUUUCCUGAGAUCUCAACUCCUAUCCUCGAGAAGGUUGUAGAGUAUUUCUACUACAAGGUGCGAUACGCACAGAGCAGCGACAUUCCAGAGUUCAAGAUAGAGCCAGAGAACGCUCUCGAACUGCUCAUGGCGGCAAAUUUCCUGGAUGCUUAA